AUGCAUGACUUAAAAAAGAACCACCAUGGAGAUCAAAUCGGGAAGAAAGUGGGUGAACAUACUGAUCAUGCUCCAAGACCUCUGCAUGAUUCAGUUUUCAGGAUUGAAGCAGAUAGCGCAAGAAGGCUAUCACCCUCCAGUUCUCGCAACCCGAUGUAUGUCUCAUCCAAUCAACACAGCGAGAAUACAGGUAAUCAAAUCGCGUUGCCACCACCCAUUCCAGAACAGAUACGUGCCGCCAACACCCUCUCGAAGGCGCCCCCGGGAAUAGACAAUACGUCCAAUAUAUUCCUGGUUCAGUCUACAUCUGAGGAAAAAAGUGCAGAAUUUGCUCAAAAAGAAAAUCAUUUUAUGUCAAGCGCUGCAGAAAUUGAUUUAACGCGCACGAAACCUUUGGAAUCAGGAAUGGUAGCUCCACUUACAGAUAUCUCGAAUAUUCAAUCACAAACCACGAAAUCAAUUUCCAAAGAAAAUGCAGAUACUAUCGAUGAACGUGUUUCCGAAUUGUCUUCUUUCAGUCCCAGAUCGGAAGCGGAAGCCAGCUCCAGCGAGGAUGGUGAAUAUACAGCUGGAUCUAUAGAACCACUUACCGACAAUAGUAAUUUCUCCCAAUCAAUAUUCCUUGAUAGAAUGGAGCCAGAUCUAGAAUUACAAUCCGAGUACAGAGAACAUUUAGAAAAGGAAGGUCCCAUGAGCUUUUUAGAGCGUUAUAUUCCAGAUACAAUGAAUAAGUUUGACAUUUGCAAAAUGAUCAUUAAUCUAGGCUAUCCUAAAGAAAGCAUAGAUUGCCAACAUCUUACAAUUAAUGAGACUAUUAAAGUAUUAAUUGAUUUAAUUUCUAAAGAUCUUUCGCAAGAUUCUGACUCAGAUAUGGUUAUUGACGUUCCAUCAGAAGACGAAGAUAAUUACAACAUUAAGGAUCUCUUGCAAGAUUUACGUAGGUCUUCUAGGAUUGUUGUUAUAACAGGAGCAGGUAUUUCCACGUCGUUAGGUAUACCAGAUUUUAGAUCAUUUCAAGGUUUAUACACACAAUUAUCUAGAUUGAACGUGGAAGAUCCCCAAAAGGUAUUCGAUAUGGAGACUUUUAAGAAAGACCCACGUAUUUUCUACUCAAUUGCACAUAUGGUUUUACCACCAGAUAAAAACUACUCAAUCAUGCAUGCAUUUCUCAAUUUGCUUCAAAAUAAGAAUAAACUACUAAGAAAUUAUACCCAAAAUAUUGAUAAUCUCGAAGCACGUGCCGGGAUUGAACAUAAAAAGCUCAUUCAAUGUCAUGGAUCAUUCACUCAUGCUACGUGUAUUACAUGCUUGUCCCAAUACUCGGGACGUAAAAUAGAGAGACAUAUUCGUCAUCAACAGAUUCCUAGAUGUGCUCGGUGUUGGAAAAAUACGGGAGAGGCACCCAUGAAUCAUGGGGUAAUCAAACCAGAUAUUACCUUUUUCGGAGAGGAUUUGCCAAAAAGAUAUUACUCAACGUUGAGCAGAGACGUACGUUCUUGCGACUUAGUUUUGGUUGUGGGGACAUCGUUAAAAGUUGAACCAGUUGCUAGUAUUAUAGAUAAAAUCCCUAGACGGGUUCCUAGAAUUCUUAUAAAUAAGGACGCAAUCCCUGAUAAAGAUUUUGAUCUCAGUUUGCUUGGAUACUGUGACGAAGUCGUUUCAUAUCUUGCUAAAGAAUUAGGAGAUGAGUGGAAUAUUGAUCAUCAAUUGUAUGAUCAGGAAACAAACUUUGAAGUAAGAGAGGAUCCUAACUUUGAAAGCGUAUAUUCAAUCUCAAAAAAAUCAUAA